AUGUCUCAUAAAAGUAUUAUAGCUGAUUUCCUAUUGUUCGACUUAGAUGGUACUCUUGUAAAUUCAACACUUGCUGUAGAAAAGACAUGGAUUGAACAAUGCAAUAAUCAUAAUUCAACAAAUGAAGUACCUAUCGAUGCUGAGAUUUUAUUAAAUUCAGCACAUGGAACAAGAACGGCUGAAACAAUCAAAAGAUGGUUUCCUUAUUUACAAAACGACAAAGAGUCUAUUAAUCUUUUUGAAAAAGCCAUUGUUACAAAUUAUGGGCAUUUAGCGGAAGAGGUCAAGGGUGCAACACAUUUGAUCGAUAGUAUAAAUAAGUUUGGAAGUAAUCAGUGGGCUAUAAUAACUUCUGGUACUAAAGAUUUAGCAUAUGGGUGGUUUGAAAAAUUAUUUGUAAAUUCUGGCAAGCCAAAGGUUUUCAUUACUGCAAAUGAUGUUUCGCAAGGUAAGCCGAAUCCCGAAGGCUACUUGGAGGCAUUUAGUCAAUUAAAAGAGACAAACAAACUAGUUGGUCAUGAAUUUUCUGCUGUUGUUUUCGAAGACGCCCCGGUGGGUAUUCAAGCGGGUAUUGCUGCAGGGUUUCAUGUUAUUGGGAUUGCAACUACUUUUGAUAAGGAUACUUUAAUAAACGCAGGAUCAUCAUUUGUAGUCGAAGAUUUGUCAAAAAUACACAUUACGAAAACUACUUCAACAUCAUUCCAAUUAGAUUUGGAUAUAUUAUAA